UUUUCUGGGUUUUUCGAGGCUUGAUACAACCGGCCCUUGUCAAUGCAUUUGCACAUGGAAGGCCAUGUUGGAGGCGAUGAUAAAAUAACUUGAAGUAUUGGCGUCACAUUAUGGUAUCGCAGCCCCAAAUAGCUUCCCUGGCCUAAAACCAUAGACAAUCCAGAAAACAUGUCUUCUGGAUUGUCUUUGCCAAACUACGGCGGCGCCCGAAAACAUACGGCGGCGCCCGAAAACAUGCACCUUUAAAUAUAUAGCACCCGAAAACAUACGACCCGAUGACAUGCCCAAUGAAUGAAACCAUAACCCAAUCACAUCUGUCAUCCUUCAUCGCCAAUUUAUAUUUUUGUCCCAUUCCACCCUUCAUACGAUGCCUGCGGAGGGAGAAGUUUUAUUGAAGCAGGAACAUUGCAACGUCAUUCAAACACUCAAGUCAAAUCAAGCCAUUGAACAAAGGCGACCAAACGUCGUUACCAGUCUCUUCGCGUUAUUUAUACAACAAAACAAUUUCAUAUUUCACAAGAGCGAACUUUGCAUGGUUUCCUUAGUUAUGAACAACUUCUGAAUGGAAUCCAAGCUGUGUUGUAAUACUACGUGGACGUUGAUUUAAUAAAUUGACGAAUUAUUAUAAACGUUAGUAAAAAACGUGGUCAUAAAAGCUAAAGCGAACUGAGGAAUUAUGUCUCAAAGUUUACGUUGAUACAUUUGACUUAAAACUUUGCACCGAAAUUAAAUACUUUUAUAAUUUGCUACUUUUACAUUAUAAUUCGUUGUGAAAUGUCCUGGAAACCGAAUCCACACGCUGCACCAUUCCAACCAACGAAUGCUUACUACACGAUAAAGCUACCUUGCUGUGGAAACGCUUGGAAGAUUCGAAAGAAAGGUCUUUUAGGAAAAUGUGUUCAAUGGACAUUAGUCUUCAUUUUAUUUAUAACGGUAGUCGUAAACGUUCUUUUUAUAAUGGAUACAACGUCGAAGUUUAGAAAACAGAAAUUGUCAAAUCCAAAUGAAGAGGAUAAAGACUUUGAAGAGAGGAGAAAUGUUAUAAUAGAUUCAAAAGAUAGGGGAAAAUCAAUUGAUAUUGAAGUGCAUUCUAGCAAAGAUAGUGUAUAUGUGUCCGUAGAUGGAACAAAGGUAAUGGAGGAAACAACCACUAGUGAGUCAGCACGUGGCACACACGUGACCGUCCUUCAUCAGUCAUCUGGAGCAAUCAUGGCGACCAGAACAUUUGAUACUUACAUGUCUAAGGAGGAGAGUGCUGGCCUGGUUUUGUUUCUAAAUAUGGUGUCCGAUGGAAGAAUCUUGUGCUUUGCAGUCAAGGACGAGGCAUCGUACAACUUAAAGAAACCAGCGCGGAACAUAAUCAGAAGCCUUGGCAGUGUGAAUAUCGACGGUCUGAAAUGGCGCGACAGCUGGGCGUUUAUCGUGACAAAACGUGGCAAGAAGUAUGCAGAGAAUUAUCAUCACGCGAAUGACGUCGCGCACUGGGGCAAUCCAGUUACUGCCAGAGCCACGGUAGAUCUGGUGCCGGUCGAGCAAUCCCAGUGCAAAUGGGACGAAAGCGAGGUGUCCAAAAGAAGACGGAAGUUUUGCGAACGAUUUGAAGGAUAUGGCAGUGUUUGUAGCUGUUCCAAUCCAGCUCCAAUCGACAUCUUGAGUGCAGACAUUGACAAAAGCACGAUUUCAAGAAUACCCGUAGCAAUCGUUGCCAGUAACAGACCGCACUACCUCUACAGAGCAAUUCGCUCAAUGCUGUCGGCUCACGGGGCCAAAAAAGAACUAUUUACGGUGUUCGUCGACGGCUUCUUUGAAGAGCCAGCCGCAGUAGCGAAACUAUUCGAUCUCAAAGUUGUACAACACGUUCCCAUCAGCAGCAAAAACGCAAGAAUCUCGCAGCACUACAAGCGUACUUUAACCGAGACAUUCAACGCGUAUCCUGAUGCGCAGUAUAUGAUAAUACUUGAAGAAGAUUUGGACGUUUCUGUGGACAUAUUUAGCUACUUCAGUCAACUCUUACCUCUGAUGGAUCAAGAUGAGAGUUUAUAUUGUGUUUCAGCUUGGAAUGAUCAGGGCUACGAUCAUUCAUGCAACGAUCCUUCGAUGUUGUACAGAAUUGAAACAAUGCCUGGUUUGGGAUGGUUACUCAAACGCCGUUUGUACAAGGAAGAACUCGAGCCAAAAUGGCCGACCCCUGAUCUUUUCUGGGACUGGGAUAUGUGGAUGAGAAUGGAAACGAACAAAAAAGGCCGCGAAUGCAUCAUCCCCGAUAUUUCCAGGACGUAUCAUUUUGGCGCCAAGGGUCUCAACAUGAACGCGUUUUUCCAAGAAUCCUAUUUCAAGAAACACACUUUGAACACAGAGGCAAAUGUGAAGUUUAACGUUGAACAGAUGAAAAAAGAUAAUUACGAGAAGGAAAUUGAGCGUUUGAUGGGCAUCGCUGAACCUUUGGAUCACAGCAAGAAUCCUUGCACGAACGAAAAGGAUUUCAUUCCCGAUACAAGCGGUAAGACGUACGUAUUCUAUAUUGAAAUGAAACAUGCGAGCGAUUGGACGACAUGGAAUAACAUAGCCAGAUGCCUUCACAUUUGGGAUCUCGAUGUGCGAGGAUUUCACAAAAGCAUGUGGAGAUUAUGGCUCAAAGGGAAUCACGUGCUAAUCGUCGGUACACCCGCUUCGCCUUAUGCGAAGCAUAAACCCGAAAGCGUUAAACCUAUUUUUAUUCCCAAGAAAUCGUAAAAUUGAUGCGAUAACUGUUGCCGUAUAAACGCCGCACAAAAUCACCCUAGCCUAAAUGUAUAAGUAGGAUUUCCUUUCUUGAGAAGCUCUGUAAUUCAUUUGCACAUGGAACGGCCAUGUUGGAGACGAUGACAAGAUAACUUGAAGUAUCUACGUCACAUCAUGGUAUCGCAGGCUCAAAUAACUUUCCCUACAUUGUGAACUCUAUGUGUACUGGAUAUCGAGUUAACUACUCGGUCUGCUCUAACAUGCCAGCAUAAAGGUCAUAGCAAAACAUUCCCCCCCCCUCCCGAGUUUUCAUUCCAAUCGUAUUCAAUCAUUCAACUGUGUGCAAAGACAUUACAUUCAGAGGGUUUCUUUUUGUGCGGUGUUCAGAUUUGAUUUUCCUUGUGAUUGCAAUGCGGAUUUGAACACUUGAUAUAUUAUGCGUGCGUAAUCACAGAGAAUCAUGGCCAGAAACUCCAAUUGAUCGCGACGUAAUCUGCCACUGUGGUUAGUAACGUAACGGGUUAGAUAGUAAACUUCGUGGUAAACUGAAAAUUAUGAAAUAAAUUAUGGAGUAGGCUAAAAUAAUAAUUUCCUCAAUCGUAUUUUCUCAAUUCGAAGGACUUUUUCCGUUUACGCGAGUAAAUGUUCGAUUUAAAAAACUAGCAAUCGAUCUUUUGUCGAAAUAAAAUUGCGAUCGAUCUUUUGUCGAAAUAGAAUUGCGCUAGAUAGAUAUUUUGUGCUGAUUACUGAGCGAAUAGCCUGUGCCAGGGUGAAUUACUGAGUGGUUUACUGCUUGCUUUCCUUGCGUGAUUUUCCGCCGUGUUUUGUGUCCAUUUCCAUUUUAUAACUUAGUACGACUUCUGUAAAAUUUAAUCCGUGGUGGGCUCGGGGAACGAGAUUGGACAUGUCGCAGUGC